UUAAGCCACAACAAAACACACAAGAUACCAUUUCACCCCUCUUUCCAUGCAAAACAGCAACCUCUCCCCACACUUCCACGUAUUUUUCAAUAUGCUCCUUCCAUUCCAAAACUUCGACCGAGCUUUCUACGUUUCUCCUCAUCCCCUCCACGUGCUCUAACCAUCACAACCAAUCCUUAACGUACACCUACCCUUCACGUCACUACACAAUACCCAUUUAUAUUAUCCAACUACAACUACAUUCACAUCGUUGUCACUCGCACUCGAGAUAAUGGCACUUCCCAUUUCGAAUGAUAUUGUUGGAAAAUUAUUACCAAAUAAGGAACAAGAAAAUUCUAUCAUAGUAUCCACUCUUAUUAAGGUUGUCUCUUCUAGUGUUGUUGUUCAUAAUUCUGAUAUUCAGCUACUUAAUAACAACAACAUUAACCAACAACAAAGGAUUUCGACUUAUGCAAGUGGGUCCCUCCAGAACCAACAUGAUACUGCCACGUGUCUAUCAUGCAAAAUCAAAGGCUGUCUAGGUUGCAUUUUCUUCAUUGAGAAGGAGAAAAAGGAAGAGAAGAGGAAAUACAGGGGAGUGAGGCAGAGAGCAUGGGGAAAAUGGGUGGCUGAGAUUAGAGACCCAAAAAGGGCAACUCGUGUUUGGCUUGGUACUUUUCAAACGGCUGAGAAAGCUGCAAGGGCUUAUGAUAAAGCUGCUAUUCAGUUUCAUGGUGUUAGAGCUAAGAUUAAUUUUGAUUUCUCUGAUUAUGAAGUGGGCCAUGUUGGUGAUGUUGUAGCAGGGAUGAAAAAAACAAAAACUACCAUCUUAUCUUUUGGAUCCAAAAGUGAACUAGCCUAGAAUAAGAGAAUAAAUUGCUCAAACUAUCACUCUUGUUUCAAUUUUGAAGUCUCUAAAGUAUUAUCACAAUCCAUAUAUUAGUUUUGGUGGUUUAAGUUGUGUUAGUGUCAUGUUGGCAUUUUCUCUCUUAUAAGUGGAAUCGAGACAUUACAUGUGUCAUUGAAGGAGCCACUGCCAUGAAAAUGAAUUAAAUAAUAACUUAGAGAAGGAAGAAGAGUAGGGAUUGAAGGAGCAAAUUGAUGUUAUCCCCUUAUGUUCAAUUUGUUUUUUUAAUGUUCGGCACUAAAGUAAUGUAUUUUAACAAGCAUGCAAGAAAAGUGGGUCUGACUUGACUCUGUUGGAAUGGGGGAGUGCCAAUAUAGCACUUAGAAUCACUCAAAUGAACCAAACUACUAGAGGGACUAAUUGAGUAAUUUUAAGGACUAUUUUAAAGUUUUUUAUAAAUUAGGAAAGUGUUAGUUAGGAUGACAGGCUAAACUAGAGAGAGUGAAAGUUUGGAUGCCAAUUUGAUUGAUGAAAACUAGGAAAUGUUUGGCUUCUCGGUUGGUUUGGUAAAAUCACAAUAAGCCAUAGUGAUUUUGCAACAGAAAAAUUUAACCAUUUACUUGGUAAUUUAGAGUUCAAAAACAAUAGUUUAGUUAGGAAUCAAUUUGAGCUCUAAAGUAAGGAAUUCACUUUAGCUUCCAAUUCAUCAAUUGGCUACCAACAUAAGUUGGUCCGAGUGGAAGUAACUAGUAUUUUUCAAGUAAAAGUUCCACAUUUUCAUCCCUAGUAUUUGUGAACAGAACAAACUCGACUGUGAGAAAAUGGCCAAUUUACUAGGGGUCAUGAACUUCAAGCAGAAUUUUGUGAUGAGGUUUCAUCUAAAAUCAUCCAUGAUUCAUGUCUGAAUGUAAAACUAGAAAAGAAACUAGAGAUUCUCAAAACUGAUACUUCCUUGUAAUUAUAAAAAGAAUAUAUGAAGACAGCUAAUGAUUCCGAUACACAAAACCCAAUAAAUAUCUAGGUUUUUUAACUGUCAAAGAAAACAAAGAUUGUCCAAGCUUGAUGGCAAUUGCAAAAUGACAUAGUGACAACAAUGACGGAGCUAUCAAACCCUACCACAGCCUUCAUCAGGAAGAAUGGUAUAGAAUCUGUUGUAGCCAGCAAAAAUC